AGUGGUUGAAAAGUUGGAUCAGGAUCGGCCCAUCAGUGCGCGCUCCCGUGUAAGCCGCUCCCACGCGCUUAGGAAGCACCUGAGGAAUUUGCGGCGCGGGCCAAGGUGGGACGGUGCGGCAUCGUGAGCGCGCCCUGAAUUGAUUCUCCAACCUCCACGGGACUGUCAUGCACGAGCCGCGACGGAACCCGCCGAACAAGCCAAUAUCAACAAAUGCGCGCUGUCAUAUAUAGCUGCGCGUCCUGAGGGGGGAGGAAAAAAAAGUCUCCGAGGACCGACUUGUUGACACUUCACCGCGGGUUGGCAGCUUCCAGUGUCGUAAAAUGAGGCUGGGAAGCAUCAUAGUUUUCAUCGCCUUCUGCUCUUUCACCGCUUAUUACAUCUACGAGCCAAUUCCCGAGGAGAUUGAGGAGCGAUGGAAACUCAUGCUGACCAACUCUUUCUUCAGAACCCUCAGCCACCUGGCUGACCUCAGCGAGCUCUUAGGGCUGAAGGACUACAUGGGUGUGAUGUACAUCAUCACCCUGGUGGAGAAUGUGGUGCCUGUCUCGGACAAACACGUCAAGGUCACGGAGGAGAGGUUCGACGGCGUGGAGCUGUUCUUGUACCAGCCGCAGCAGCCGGCCAGCGACGCUGAGCUCAGGAGGGCGGUGGUUUACCUGCACGGCGGCGGCUGGUGUCUGGGGAGCUCCCGGAUGGGUCCAUAUGAUCUCCUGGCCAGGAAACUGGUCACCGACCUCAACGCAGUGGUUGUUUCUGUCGAGUACCGCCUCGCUACGGCUCACCCCUUUCCCGUACCUUACGAGGAUGUGUACCGCGCAGUCAAACACUUCCUCCAGAAGUCGGUGCUGGCCCAGUACUCGGUGGACCCUCAGCGCAUUGCUAUUUCAGGAGACAGUGCCGGAGGAAACCUGGCUGCUGCUGUCUCACAACAGCUGCAGAAAGAGCCGGGCCAGCAGGUCCAGCUGAAGGCUCAGGCCCUUAUAUACCCAGUUCUGCAGGCUCUCGAUCUCAACACACCCUCGUAUCAGCAGAACCAGGAUAUGCCCAUUUUGCCCCGCACACUCAUGGUGCGCUUCUGGAGCGAGUACUUCACGAGAGACAAGGCUCUCUUCAGAGCCAUGAUGGCCAACACGCACAACAAUCGCGAGUCCUCCAGCCUGCUGAAGUUUGCCAACUGGAGCACCUUCCUGCCUGAGACCUACCAUGGGAAGUAUAGCUACGCUGCCCCGCCCGUGGCGCAGUCGGACGGGAAAACUCUGUCCUUUGCUGACCCGAGAGCGUCUCCCUUGCUGGUGCCAGACGCAGCGCUGCGCUCGCUCCCCAAGGCGUACAUUUUAACAUGUGAGUACGACGUUCUCCGAGACGACGGCAUCAUGUACGUCACCAGGCUCCGAGCCGCCGGCGUUGAUGUGACUCAUGAACAUUACGAAGGAGGCUUCCACGGAGCUCUCAUGUUCACAGUGUGGCCAACGGACUUUCUACUCGCUCGCCGCAUGACGGAAAACUAUGUGCGAUGGAUCAAAGAAAACCUAUGAAAAACCUUUGACUGUCAAGCGGUGCAGAACAUGAUCCAGUCGUUGGUCUGUGUGGUUCCUAAGAAGGAUUAUCUUUUUCCACUAAGUAUAUUAGCCAUGACAUGAAGUACAUUAGCGUCUUAUUUUACUGUAACGUUAGCAAAAAGCAGCAUUGUUUUUAACAGUAACCAUUGGGGAGUCAACACUAUUUACUGGCGUCUAUAACCAAACGUUAAGCUGAAUAAGAGUUUCUUAUUCCAACAGCUCUAAUAUCAGGUGCAUCAAACAUGUUUGCGACAGUCAUUUUAUCUGAUCAGUGUGCGGCAGACUGAACCACAUUCCGUUAAGGCUACGUCAAUCCGGGUAAAGAAUGUCUUAAAUACAACUCAUUUUUCUCCUAUCACCUUUUAUCUGUCUCAAGUGGGUGACAUGAAUUUUCCGAACUGUUUAUGUCUUAAUCACGGCGAGUUUGCUUCACUAACCAACAAGUUUGAUUUCAUGAAUAUGCAGCCUUUAUUUCCUUUCUUUCCGCGCGGUUGAUAUCCCUUCAUUGGUCACUAUUAGAUUAGAUUAGAUUUGCUUAAGAAUGUAAUGACUCUGUUAUUACCUCCGACAGCGCCUGUUCAUUGUCAAAAUCAAAAGUCAAAGUCAAAAAACACAUUUGAAAGGGUGUUUUCCGAAAUUAACUGGACAAAGACAAGCUGAUUCAAUGUUGGGUUCUUGGUCUUUGUGUCUUCAUGUGGGAGUAAAUUCUGGGUCACUACUGCCACCUGCUGUCCAACUGCGCUCAUUGCUAUCAUAUUUUUAAUGCUUUAUGGGUUUAUAGAAGUAAAUGUAGGGUAAAAACAUCGAGCACAAAAAUCACAACAUGGGUGAAGUUCAGCUUGUGUGUGAACCAAAGGCCAUCUUGAAAUUGUACAUAUAGUUUUAGACCCUCAGUGAUCCCUCUCAGUGCAUGUUUACUGAGGUGAUGGCUCACUGACAUUGUGUCUCCCUGUAGUUUCAGUUUCCUGCCACAUGCAACAACAUUUGUCAUCAAAACCAGCUCCAGCGAAGGCCUGUGAUCUGGUCCUGUUUGAGAAUAAACAGUUUUCAUCCAUGUAAAAUAUACACCCUUCAUCCCUCCUUGUUGAUAUUUCUGUUCCUUUUUCGGGUUUUGGUUUGAUAGAAGAAUCAUUUUUUCUUGUUUUAUCGCAAUAAAUUCUCUUCCAAAA